AUGGAGCAUCGCUUCAAGAGAGUCAACUACAACGAACUAAAAUGUCCCGUAAUUAUGGCAACGAAACUUUUUCUUUCAGUCUUUACCUCGUUAUAUUUUGGUGGAAUUAUUGUUGUUGCCAACAAAGAUAUUCCAUUUUGCCACAAACUAUGGAACGACCUUGGAAACGAUUUGGCAGACUGGCGUGAACGAUGCUUGGACGGAGAACGCGAAAAUAUUUCAUCACGUUGUCAAGCAGAAAAAGUAUAUUUUGAAGAGAGACGACGCAGCCACAGAAAAAUGUGUUUUUAUGAAGGUACGUGCAAGAUAAUGCAAAUGAUUAUUACUUGAAGUCUUGAAGGAACUGUGCAUGCAUGGUAUCGUCGUUUCUGGGAAAAGCAGAUAUACAUAGUAUUUGAAUGCAUGCUAGUAUUAGUGAAGGUAAUAGCAUGGUUUCAAGUGCAAUUUGGAUAUAACAUGCACGAAUGAGUUUUUCAAUGGCAUCAAAAUAACACGAGUCCGAAGGACGACAACCUCGUACCCAGGGCUUCUGUGCUUAUUGCUCUCAGAAGCCAUGGGAUAAUCCAAACCGGAACACCAUAGAACAGUGGUGCCCCCGGAAGCGGAAGUAAACAGUAGCUCCAGCUAAAAACGCUGACUGGGCAUAUUUUUACGCAAGGAGUGAGAGGGCAUUAUUUGUUGCAAUUUAUGAUAUAUUUGGACUUGUAAAGACGUCUUAAACUGCUUCUCGCGUGGCUUUUGGAAUUUAAAGUCAGGAAUGAUCAAUUUAGAGAUACAAUUAUGCGUAAAAUUAGCCCUUUGGCGAGCAAAAGAACAUCUUAUAUCGCGACAACAGCAUACCUUGUCAGCGAUAUACAGGGGCUAUUCAAUAAUUAAAGUAUAAAAAUAUAUCAAAAUUAACAGACUAGAAAUCUUACUGGUAACAUGGCUGGCUGCCGAUUAUCUUGGAUUUGAGGGUUUUGAACAAGAUAUUGCAAGAUUUAAUUAUAAAUGCACAAGAUAUACUGUACUGUAAACAUGCAUCUACUUGAAGAAUGUAAAAUAAACAGUGGUGAGUGAUGUAAUAUAAUUCUGUAAUUUUAUAUUUGGAAUACCUUUUUGGCAAAUCUUGAGAAUAAUGGCUUUGGGAAUCAAUGUUGAAAAUUCAAAACUGUCAGAUAACUGCAUGGACAGCAUGGUUAGAAGCAUACAUGUCAUCGGAUGAAACUCCAACUUUUGUUAAUUGCUGAUGUUCUAGUAUUGGAAUGAACAGUGUUAUAAGAACCAAUGGUGCUGAACUAAUUUGGGUUUAUCAUAAAAUAUUGUUUGUCAUUUAGUUCUGGCCAUUAACCUUACUUAUUAAGUUAUACAUUGUGUCUUACUUUUUAUUUUACUCUGGUGUGCACCCCCCCCUCCCCCAGGCUCUGGUCAACAGGGGUGCAUGGGGGGGGGGGGGUGCAAAAAUCACGUUUAUCCUAAUUCUAACCAACUUAUGUUAUGGAAUUCAGUUGCGUAUCACUAGUUGACAAUAGUGGAAUAGCCAAUAUUAAAUAUUCUGAAUUUUUAAAUGUUUUGAGAAUCUAAAACUUUUCCAGAAUGUUUUCUCAGAAUGCUGGAAAUGCCAUUUCAGAGACCCAAAUUUAAAAAAAUUUCCGUGGUAGUAUGCCCCCGGACCACCCUAGAAAUCUUGCUCGUUUCGCCAUUGGUUAGCACCCCCCAAAAAAACUUUGCUGAAUCCACCACUGCACCAGAUGAUUUUAUAUGUUGGGAUAGAUCAUUGGUGUUCAAUGGAUUAUCUCAUAAUACACACUAGUUUGUUAACCUACUCUGUCUAAUAAUCAUGCUAAUACCAUCAUUGGCAAUGGAAUUGAGCAGUGAUGUAGCCAGAAUUUCUAAUUAAGGCCUUCAAGGGGGACUGAAAUUCCCAGGAGGGGCCUGCACUAGUUUGAAUAAAGUUUGUUAGUAUGUAAAAAUAUAUUUGGACUCCCAAGCUAUCCAUGUAUAAUAUAGUACAAUGUAGACUUUUUAAAUUCUAGUUAAUAAAGUGCCAUUUUGGGGGGCUAUUUUAAUGUGUUUUGGUGAUUUGAAAUAACCUUGCAGUUAACACAUGUUAAACUCUAAUUAAUUACAAACAAGUUCAGAACAUUUAAAAUAUUUUGACCCCCCACCCCCUCUGGUUACACCACUGGAAUUGACUUGAGCCUUUUAGACCUCUGAAUUUUAGUUGCAACUUAGAACAGUACGUGUUCUGACAUACAAGAAAAUUGUAAGAAAAUUUAAAAUUUGUGCAAAAGUAUUUCUCAAAUAGGUCGUUCCACACUCCCCCCACAGAGGAAAUUUCUGCCGUUCAGAGGGGGAGGGGGAAAAUUUUUUCUGAUAAUAGUAAAUGUAUUAGGACAUCCAAAGGGGUAGAAGGGAUUAACUUUCAAUUUCCUCUGUGGGAGUGGUAUGGGUGUUUUCUGGAAUGACCCAAUAUAACUGUGCUUUUUUUUCUUUUCAAAUCUAAUCAAACUGUCAAAUUGUCAAUCCUUGUACAUGGGGAGGGGAAAUUUUGGAGAAAGAAAAAUUGUGACCAAUCAGGUUGGGGGUCCACCUGUAGCCCUGGUCAUAGGCAUACAGGACUGGGCUUAGUUGUUGGGCAGACUAGGCCAGUCGGGCAAUAUUUACUUCACAGUUGGGCAAUAUUGACUUAUUAUAAAAAUAAAUAUGAGAAAUUAUUCCCUCAAUAUUGGGGGAAAUAUGCUAUAUAAUGGUCGAAAAUUUAGUUCAUUUUGAUUAAUAGUCCUUUAAAAUAUGUGCUAUCAGCAGUUUCUUUACGGUAUUAAGUAACAGAUUACAAUGUUUGUACAUUAGAGACUUAGAGGCACUAAUAACUCAACAAUAAAUAGGCACUGAUACAAACUCUGAGCCAGUGCACCCAGCAUCCUCAAAUUGGGAAUAAUUUGUAAAUUUAAAUAUUUGUGUAUAAUUCAUAAUUUAUCCUAUUCCAAUACAAAAUGCAAUAAAUAUAGAACACACAAUUUAUCAAAUAAAGGUAAAAAAGGGAUUAAAAACUUUAUUAUGUAAUAUUUACAUUGAAUAUCGUGGUUGAAGUUGUAGAUUUAUACUUGAAAUUUCAAUUUUCGAACGAGAAAUGUUUCGCUUUUAUUAUGUUAAAUUUUGUACUUUGUUCGCCAUUCUUGCUUAUUUACAAAUACAAAUAGUCCAUUCCUUCUUUUGUUCUUUUCAAAAUAGCCCAGAAUUUGGUUUAAAAAAGUAUUUUCAUGCAAAAACCAGCAUUUAACUUUUGUAUACACUCCUUGUGAUAGCAGACAUGUUGCCAAAAUAUCACCCGGUUAAUGAAUAACUUCCCGUACUUUCAUUGUAUUCGCAUUGACCAAUCAAAUCACGUUCUGAGCUGGAUUAUCGCAGGGCUUCUGAGAGCAAUAAUCGCAGAAGCCCUGGGUACGAGGUUGGAAGGACGAGUGCUAUUUGACGUCUUUGAUAAACUCACGAGUGCAUGUUUAUCCAAAUUUAACGAUUUUUUUGUAAUCACAGUGCAAUUUUCUGCAAUCACAGCGCAAAAAUAUGUAACAAACUGAUCUUAUUGGUGGAAAAAUAUUCAGUGCUGAUUAAAUCAACCAAUCAAUUUAAAGAAAUUUAGAUUAAUUAAAGAUCAGAAGUAUCGGUUACAGAUUGCAUCAAAACAAAACAAACAUGGUGCCGCGCUUGAUAAAGUAAAAGUUGCCUUUUUGCGUGGAUAAUAUGGCUUUUAUCUUUAUUUUUGAAUGGAAAAGCAUUUACCUUAAACAAGACUAAGAAGAAUUAUAUUGUUGAGUGGAUUUUUCAAGCUGUUAGUGUUGCAUAAUGUGAUAUAUAACAAAGCCAAAAGACAUCCGUGGCGCGUCAAAUAAUUUUUAAUUAGGAAUAACUACACACUCACAUUUUGUGUUAAUUAACCAAUACGUUGUUGCUUUCUCAAUCUGAGUAACAAGUAAGGCAAUGCACAGUAUUUUUUCCGUUCUGAUCGAUAUUCUUUAAUUAAACAAAAUAUAGUUAUGGGUCAGCUGCAAAGGGUCUUAAUCACGACAUAGGUCAUUAUUAUCUGCUUCAGUUCCACCUCAGGAUAUUAUUCUUGAAAUAAUUUUCACACUCAUGGAAUAGGAGUGCACUGUUUCUCAUAACACAUGGCUGGCAUCACCAGCAACUGUAUCAUUGUAUAUUAAUUAAACUGCAAAAAAAAUUGCACUUUAAAAUAUAAAAGAAGAACUUAAUUAUACAUUAAUACGCUCUGUGAACAUUCUCAAUCAAUUAUUACGAGUAUCAUCCUUUCACGAUAAUACAGUUUAUUAUUUUGAAAUAGAAAAUAUUUUGCAGGUCCUUUCCCAGAGCCUUACUUGCUUGCUGUCAGUGAAACAAGAAUAGCAGUUGUUGAUCUAACAUCGAAUUAUUCAACAGUCGUUAUCGAUGAAGGCCAGGGUAUCGAAAACUUGAUAAUUGACCCUGUUGAAGGGAACAUGUAUUUCAAAAGUGGGACAAAAGUGUUCCGAGCGAAUUUUGAUGCCUCUCAAAAGGAAAUAAUAUAUCAAGAUGAAGAAAAUGCUAUACAAGUAUUUGCAUUAGACUGGAUAAGACGACACAUGUUCUGGGUGGAUUCAAAGAAAACGAAAUCGGUAUUUGUGGGUAAUGUGAGCCUCUCUAACGGAACAGAUUUCCAUGGUAGUGAAAACAACAUCACAGGUUUGGCUGUCGAUCCUAAUACAGGGUAA